AUGGAAAUUGCUAGCACGGCGCUAGGAGGAGUAUCUCUGGCUGUUCAGCUCUCUCUUUGCUGUUUAAAAGGUAACGACCUCAGAGUGGUCGGUCUCGGAGUUGGCGCCAUUAGUACUGACAGUGAACGCGAUUCCGUAGGCUAUGAAGUGAUAAAAUCAGCCUUGGAAGCGUCAAAGGAUUCUUGCACUCUCUCUAAUCAAUUUGAGAUAGAGCAGUUACGUUUGCAAAACUUUGUCAAAGCUGCUGGACUUGCGGGUGGAGAAGAUGAGAACCGUGGAAGUCAGACCGUAGACGGAGCAGGCGGGAAUCGUGGAAGUCAGACACUUCGGGCUAACACGAUGCUUCUUUUGAAUAUCCUGUCUGAGAUCAAUCUGGCGCUGGAAAUGUUUGCACGCAAUGAACCACAUCAAAAGGGUCUGCCAAAUGAAUAUGUGCAUCCUACCAUUUCCACCAAUGUCAGCGAAGGCUAUAGCACUCUUCUCAAUAUGAUCUCCACAGUCCUGAGAAACACCCGGGUCCUUAGGGGUGAUUCGUAG